UCCUCCCCUACUAACACUACUGUCUGCUCACUCCGUUACAGGACCAGGCAGAGAUGUUGUCUGCUAUUCGGUGUAAUCUUCUACCAGUUAUCAAACUUUACCUGCUUGGUUUGAAGGUUCUGUUGGUUCAGCUGUUCAGCAAACCUUUCAGGUUGCCAGUGAUGCCCAGACAAGAUGGCAAGGUUGCCAUAGUGACAGGAGGAGUCAGGGGAAUCGGCUAUGAGGUAGCCUGCCACAUGGCCAGACUGGGGGCGCAUGUUAUCAUAGGUGGGAGGGAUGAGCAAGGCGGUCUGGAAGCCGUCAGAAUGAUCUGUGAAGAGUGCAAAGAGGCCAAAGUGGAGUUCACGAGACUGGACCUAGCCUCUUUGCAGUCUGUCCGUCAAUUCGUCCAGAGUUUCAAGGAGCGGGACCUGCCGCUAAACAUCCUGAUCAAUAAUGCGGGUGUCAUGCUGGUUCCUGAGGGCCGUACUGAGGAUGGAUUUGAGCAGCACUUUGGCGUGAACUACCUAGGCCACUUCCUGUUGACCUGGCUGCUCCUGGACACACUGAAGGGUUCUGGGAAAUGUGGUUGCUUUUCCCGCGUGGUCAACGUCUCCUCCUCUGCCCACAGCAUCGGCGAGAUGAGACUAAAUGACCUAAAUAGCUGCGAGUGUUAUUCAGCCCAUGCUGCUUACUGUCAGAGUAAGAAGGCGCAGCUGUUAUUUAGUUCCCACCUCCACCAGGAGCUUCAGCGUGGAGGUUUCCCACUGAGUUCAUGUGCUGUGGAUCCUGGCAUGGUGGACACUGCUCUUUAUUGCCACCUCUGGACUCCCAUCUGCUUGGCACAGAGUGCCAUUGCUCGCUUGCUUUUCAAGACUCCUGCAGAGGGUGCUGCCACUGUGCUGUACACUGCUCUGUCACCCGCCCUGGAGGGGGAGUGCGGAGGAGGCUACUGGGCCAAUGGGCGCAGGGAGAUGACAACACCACCAACCUUUGACCCCCAGCUGCAGCUGAGCCUAUGGGAAACCAGCCUCCAGUUGCUGGGCCAGCAGUAGCAUGGGACUAAAGGACGGCUAACUGGGCUAAACCUCAAAGAAAACAUCAGAUAAAGACCCUUAACUCGGGGCAAACCAGCCACCUUCUCCUUCACCCUUUUUGUCAGUAUUUUCUCUCCGCCCAUACCUCACAUCGAGGCGUUCGUAGUGAUUUAUGUUGACAAUCUCACAAUCCUCUGCUGGACUGUGAUUGGUUAUUUUUGGAGUGAAGACCUCCCUUUUUGUUCUAUACCCGCCAAAGACGGGCUACAGGAGAUGGAAAAUGUUUUUGUUUUUCACUACGAGUAAUCUAACAUUUACAUACACGUACAAACACACUCGAGGGUAAUAUCGAUUAUAUGAUUUUGCUGUCGUAGAAACUGGGCAGUAACUGAUAUUGACCUUUAGUCAUAAACAGAUAUCAGUUGUCAUCCGUCUCUGGUCACAAGUUUAUUCCCUGAUCAUAGCUAACAUCCGAUAUGGCCAGAGAUAUCAUUCCACAGUGUCAAUCUUCAAAAACCUGCAAUGACACCUGCCUCACUUUGCCUUAAUGUCAUUAGUCGAGAUGUCAGUGAAGAAGUUCAUUGUCCCUCAGUGAAGUAAAUGCAGUUUCCGAGGCUCUUCUAUACUAAAUAUCUAAAUCUAGGCAGACAUUAAAACACUUUUUGUGCGUAGAAGUAAUUCAUUUCAAAAGAUGUAUUUUGCCGUAGUAUACUGGCUUCAAAAUCACGUCGAUCAAGUCCUCACACACACACACACACACAUACACACACACACACACACACACACAUUCAUGCACCAUGACAAUGAUCAAAUCUGAACCCGCCUUGCCGUGGCGGGGAAUGUGAUGUCAUCACUUUACUUUGACACAUCACGAUGAUUUCUCAGAUUGUCUUGCCAUCCCACUCAUUUGCCUGGAAGCACUUUGUUUUUUCAGGACAUUUGUGUGCUUUUACUGGUUAGUACUGAAUCCUCAUGUUAACUGCUGGUAGGUGUGUGAUAUGCUGCGUUUUUAAAAAGAAAAGGUGAAUUCUGCCGGUCUCAUAAAGAUGCUGGGAAAACAUUAUCAACUCCUCUUCCCUUUCCCUCUCCACUGCUCAGCGAUCCAACAAAAGACGUUCCUUCUGAAUGAUUAGGGGAUUUGGGAGGAAAUUAAAAAAAGACAGAGAAUCCAUGUAAAAUUAGGCCUAAAUUUGGAAUAAUUCCCCCUUUAGACCAGAGAGUGAUUAGGUUUUCAAUUUUUUUGCUGUUGUCAUUUUCUGAAGCCAAGAUUUCCGACGUUUUUGUUUGCUUUUGUCUGCUCAGAAACAAAAACGGAAAGAUGGGGAACCAACCGCCACUUCGCUAUGUCCCCAUUUUCCUUUGUGAUCUGUGUUAAUCGGUUUUGCUGUGUCUGUGAUAACGUGUGUGUGUGUUUUAUGCCUGUGAGUUAAGAAUUAACUCAUGCUAUAGAGCCAGUUCAUGUUGAUGGAUAGCACAACAAUGGCCAGUCCUGGAGGAACAGCAACGGGAAGAAGAGAGAGAGGGAAAGCCCCUUUCUUUUUUUUCAGUAUUCAAGCUGUGAUUGGUUCCCUAUUGCUGCUGCUGCUGCUGCUGCUUCCUCAUUUGGCACAGCUCCCAGUGCAUUCUGGGAUUGAGAUUUCCCAGUGGUGAGAAUCAAACUCCAUCUGCUGAGCUGACACACACACUCACUCAGAAACAUUGGAAGCAGUACAUCCAGUCAGAGGCUUAUCUAAACAAGCACACAGCAAACAAACACGUCUGGUAAUCAGGCCGGAAAAUACAUACACAUACAUACACUGUGCGCCAUAAUGCCAUCUCCACUGUGAUAAACAAUUUUAGCUGUGAAGAGGAAAAGUUUUUAUCUCAAAUUAACAAGUUUAGGCUAAAAUCCUUCUCCACAUGCCAUCCCUUGGCUGUAUGUGCAUAUUGUUGCUUUGAAUACUGCCACUGAGCAUCCAGCGUUCGUUAUUAUCUGCCGUAUGUGAAGCAAUAGUAUCACUGUGCUAGCUAAUUCAGCCAGUAGCACAGAGUCAGACAUAGAAUAAGGGAAGAGCGUGUGAAGUGUAUAAAUGAAAAAGAUACCAGCUUCAAGUUACCCAUAUAUCAGGAAUUUAUCAAAAUUUCUCUGGCUGCAUGUAUAAAAAGACACUGUUAAUGUAAAGUUGUAUUUUCACCCUAUUUUUCAAGCAGUUUGAAGAUGUGUCCCAAUUCAGAGGCUGGAUCCUCUGAAGGAUGAGGCCCACAAAAGGCUGAACCUGCUUCUCCCCCUUAAAUGAGAUGACGGUCUAGACUCAGAGAUAAAAACUAAUGGUGCAUCUGGUGUCAGCUCAACUUUAUUAUAGGAUGUUGCCAACAGAGUUUACAGUAUGAGCUGUGAUGUUUAACACACAAUGAACACCUGGCGCAUAGUGGCGCAGGUUAAUGGUAAAUAUAUUCAAAUUGCUUCCAUUUAUUUGUAAUGCCCUGUGAUUAACAUGUCCAUGCUGCAAAUAGUGGAGUUCAUGUCUGGCUUCCUUUAUUUACAACCUAUUGUUCGUUGGUCUAGUCCAUGAGAUGUGAUAGAUCACCUUAACAUAAGUACCUGGUAAAUAUGACGUGAUCACAUGACUUUAUGAGAUGACGAAGAUUGCCUGAAUGCUCUGUUGAACCAUCGAUCAGCACACAGUGGGGUUGUUGAAUGUUGAGGGCCAGAUGUGUCCUCCUUUGGGGUAAAAAAGGCAGCGUUUCUUUUGUGGAAGAGCCUUUGAAAUGGGACAGGCCUUGUUUGCUCGUAGUGAUGAAAUGCAGACACUGGAUCUCCAUCUUUAGACAAAUGCUGCGUUCAUGUCAUACGGGAUGGAUGGUAGAGAUGGAGAACAUUCCCCAUGUUUAUGACUUGUGUGAGAGUUCACAUCACCUGACAGGUCAAGACGGCUGGUCGUGUGUUUCAAAUGCUGUUGAAUGACAAUAUAACACUAUAUCAAUUACCUUUAGGUUUAAUUAACUUAAGCUGACAUGUUUGUUUGGUUUAGGCUCUUCUUCAUUAUUUAGUGGCAAGUCAAACAUAACGAAGCGUAGAGAAAAAUCUUGAGUUUCCGUGAAUUACUAGAUUAUUUGGCUAUCGAUUUAAACAACUUACACGUUGUUACCUGAUAAUUACGGUCAAACGCAUCACACCUUAACUUGGUCCUGAUUGGCUCCCUUUAUAGAAUAACUUAAAUCUGUCCAACCAGGCCAAUUUUCUUGAACUGGAAAAACUUCCACCAGCAGGUUUACCUCAUUUGAAUGAGAGUAGCUGAUUCCAGUGAACCAAUCAGGGUUUGGUAUUGAGGACUUUGAUUCGAUUACACAAAUUCAAUUCAGCUUUUAACAUUAUUUGGAAAAACAAAAUCACAAUCCAGAACAUCUCUUCAGCUUGAAGUCUUUUUUUUCCAGUUGUAGCAGUUAUGUAAGAAUUGACUCUAAAUGCCAGCAAUAUUCUUCAGCUUUGAAGUAUCUUCUACUCAGCAUUGUCAUACAGCUUGGAAACAAACUGUUUAUCGCCUCAGUGCUUCCUUGUUUGACCACGUGGUUCCCCUAGGCUGCUGUAAAGUACUGUCUAAAUAACAGAAUAACAAACAACCAAACCUAGUCCCAUUGGAACAAAUGCGCUCGCUUCCCUUCACACAACUGAAAACUCCAGCUUACUCCUAAUCAGCGUUACAGUGGCUACAGUGUGGGCUGCAUCCUGUCGAAAGAGCCAUCCUGUUCUUUACAGUGCAGCUGCUACAGUAGAUGUAUUAAAACCUGAGAGGGAGAGUGUCACGGACAUGCCCGACCUAUCUGAGCACAAGGUUUUCGAAAGACGAGCGAGGAGGAGAGUGAGGGUCUCUCUUGGUGUUCUCAGUGUGUCAGAAGAUGGCUGCUAAAUUACCAGUGAUUACCUUGUUAUAUAAUUAGCGUACUCCUGAAGCAUUCGACACAGACAGGACAACACAGUGAACUUUCUGAACAUGAAUUGCAAAUGUAUAAAAAGAGCAAAAAACCCCUAACAAAAACAGCUCAAGUAACUGUCUGUGAUAUUGUCUGUGUGUGAUUUACUCGUAUAUGAUUAUUUCAAGGUCGUUAUCACCGCUGGACAUUGAACCAGUGGAGCUGUAUGUAGACAAUGUUCUAAUAGCCAUUUUUCUGUUUGACCUGGGAUAACAUUUAUAUUAAAUGUUCCAGUCCUGAGUUCUGCAAAUCCUAAAUGUGUAUAUGUAUAGGAAGAGUGAUAAUAUAAAGAUGUGUACACGGGGCUAAGCAGAUGAACUGAGUCCUUACUCUGGUACUAGUUAAGCAAAAACACAUUUAUUGCACAUCUCCUUAUACCAGUUCCUCCUUUGUCCUCUUGGGCUGCAAAUAGAAGAUGUUCCCACCUCAAAUCCAGUGUAAACAUUCGGUCCAUCUGGGCCCCUGAGGUUAUGACAUGUGCAAAAUUUAUUUUUAUCAUUAUUUUUGUUGUUGCUGAGAUACACAUCUUAUUGCUUUUGCCGUGCCUAAGAAGAAAAUCUCCCUCAUAUAUGUGUAACUGUGAAACUUUCAUGUAGAAAUGAGCUUGUAGAAACUGUGAUUACCGUCUUGUCCUGUGCAUUGCUGUAAGUUUAUUCUCUCUUAAAAAUGAUGGGUGUGGAUGUGAGGAAUGUGAGUGUGUGUGUUUGCGCGUGCGUGUGUCUAGAUAAGGGAGUUCAUUUCCCAUGUUUUUUUGUCAGUGGUUGUGACAUUCCAGCUGCAGCCACCACCUUUUCUAUUAUCCAAAGCCUCUCAAUAAACAUAUCAUUGUGCCA